AUGAUGCGUUUGUCGGCACUCUCCCGUGUGGCUUGGAAGCUCACCGGUCUCCAGCUCGCGGCGGCUGUCGGGCGCAAGCCAUCCAUCGCUAAGGCAGUGAAGAAGACGAAAAGGGCACAGAAGAGGUCUGCGUCGAGGCGCGUCACCUCCCGCCGUCGCGGUGCGAGCCCAGCAAGUAGCAGGGAGCCCAUGAUGGAGGCUGCCGGACCGCACGUGGCGGCUGCGCCACCGGGAGCCGCCACCAAGGGCGUGGCCCCUGCAGACGUAAACGUGGCCGAUCUGCACAAGCCGGGCGACAUGACAGAGCUCAUCUCAGCAGCGCGCCUCACAGGCGGUGAGCGCGAGACACACACCAGCGCGUCAUCUCCUCCUCCGCUUUGGAUGCUGCCUGCAUCUGUGCUGCCCUCGUCCUCGCCGCCACCGCCACCGCCGCCUCCCGUGCCAAACCUGAACGGCUGCAGCGUCUCCGUGACAAGGUUGCAGCGCCGCAUCCGCUCUCUUCUUGCGCAACUGGUGCUGCUCUCCCCGGAGCCGCUGCAGCCGAGUGCCCUCUUUUCCCGCUACCGCAGUGCGGUCGACGAGGAAACGGCGAGCAUGUGUGCGUGGGCUGCCCAUGCUGUGUACGAAUACGACCAUGGAUCGCUGCGUUGCGGCGGCAGAGUGGCAAGUCAUGCGGCGCACAGGGAGGCGUUGAGCGAGGGAGAGGCAGGAGCAUACGAUGCCGAGCAGCACACGGCGGGCCCGACGGAGGGCAAUGCCGACAGUGAAGGCAGCAGCAGCAGCGGCGGCGGUGCGGCGGCAGAGCAGCGUGUGCUGUGGAAGCGAGGGCAGCAGCUGUCCCAAGCCUUCCGUGCAAGUGUCGUACCACUGGUGGCGACCCUGUGCGGCGGCCGUGGUAGUGGUGGGGCCGAGGCUUCUGUGGUUCCUCGUCUGCCCGCCAGCCACGAAGUGGAGCAGUGGAUGUUCCUCUCGAUAAUCUUCUCCGACCCCGAGUUCCGCGUCUCGCCGUACUCCGGCGCUGUCUCCUACCCGGCACUGCCGUCCAUGCUGCUGGCGACGGUCGAUCCUGUGCGCGAUCGUGCGGUUGCGAAGCUCUGCUACGCCCUGCAGUGGGGAGUACAGGGGAAGGCUGCCGCCUACGCCACGUUCUGUGAGACCCACGGCACCGGUGGCGCGAAGUACUUGAGCGGCACCACGCGCUGCAAGCAUGAGCCGCAGCCAUCUGUGCCACCAGCCACCGUUCGUGAAGAGGCAGUCACCAACACUUGCGAGUUUGUGUGGCUGAAUGGGGCAGCGGGGUCGCCGACGUGGACCACCGCCCAUGCACAGUACCUUCUCCAUAGCGCCUUGACAGGUGCACGCAAGCCGCUCGACGAGUCGCUCACCGGGUCCGCCUCGUCCACGUCGGGGUUCUCAGCAGACCAGCAGCUGCGCAAGACCAUCUCGGCAGCAGCAGCGCUGCAACACACAUCCGGCCACCCACUUGUGGAUGUGAUGCUGCAGGCUUCGUCUGUGGUCAGCGUUGCGACGCGCGGCGGUGGCUUUCCAACGGGCGAAGCGGAUCUACCCAUGAGUGGUGAUGGUGGUGGUGCGAGGGUGAAGACGACGCGAGGCGCGGCAGCAGCAGCAGCACAGCCCCCAGCCCUCGGAUGGAAUGAAGGAAAAAAGGGCACGGAUGUCGCCAAAUCCUUCGCGACGGACGCCAGCGAAGAUGGGCUGUUCGCCACGAUGAUGGGCGAUCUGCCAACUCCCAGCCUGUCCGCUGGCGCCAUGUACGAGAUAAACCGCCGUCUUAUCGGGCAUCUCUUCCGCCGGCUGGCGGCCAUUCCCAUCUCCGUUGCCCGCCUGUCCACGGUGGUGCGGUGGAACUUGUCCGUCACGCACGCCGCGUAUUACCGCUCCUUCUUUCGCUUCUUACUGCUCACGGCGGCGAACCCGAUGGUGCGUCGCAUGGCUAAUGGUCGACGACAGCGCCGUCAUGCCAACGCCGUGUGCGCCGACGUCUGGGGUGGAAAAGAGGACGACAGGGGUGAGGUGCGAGGCGGCGUUGAAGACGAGGUGCGCAACGCACUCGCCGAGUACGACCCACAUACCUUCAAAUGUCUCCUAAACAGCAGCAGCGCCGAGGGGAGUGCCGCGGCAGCGCUUCGUCGGGCGCUUGUCGCCGACGCCGACGUCACGAAGACGUGUGAGCACAUCGCAAAUACGAUGAUGGAGGUGAUGUGCGUGCGUGUGCUUCCGCACGCGCGACCAGGGCGGGGUUCCGCCGCGACCGCGGCACCGGCAAUGGGCGCAACCUUCUGCGGCUACCCGCUGCGCUUUGUGGAGGUGCUACCAACGUGGUGCAAGACCCCCGAAGAAGUGCUGCAGCACCUGUGGCGUCAGCAAGACCAGCCGCCGCUCUCCGGCAAGGACACGAACUGGCUGGAGAGCAACGAGGAACCGUACAUCCUGGUCUUUUCGCUGGAUCGCGGGGUGCUUGCCACGCGACUGCGCCUCGUCGUCGACAGGUAUUUGGAUCUCGCGAAUGGUGCUGCAGCCUCCGCCGUGUCGCCCCAUGACGCCGCUACGUCACAGGUGACUCUGCAUGAACUUGGACUGAUGACGCUGUGGGCCCACGAGUACGGCGCGGAGAUGGCGGCAGAGCUCCUGUUUGUGCACCUGCUGCCUCGCCACGAGGAGGUGCGGCUGCACCCUCCGAGGGUAAGCGGACCCGCGCUUCGGCAUGGAGAAGCCCACAAGCAGACGGCCAUGGCCAGCGUUGACGGCACCGGCAGCAGUAGCGCCGUCGGCUAUGGCGCAUGGACAGUCGAGUUUGUACCCGCAGUGAGCCCGGAUCCUCGGCGCGGGGCUCUUAUGGGGUGA